GAUCCGCCGGGCGCAGGUGCAGAGGCCGCGCCCAUCCGCGGCGCCGCCACCCAGGGCGGAAACGGCUACGGCUUCGCUCGGAGCGCAUGCGCGGGGUCCUCGGAGUUCUCGCGAGAUAACGGUCGAAAAAGUGCCACGGUGGAUUUCCGGUACCGGAUUUGUCACCGCAGUGCCGGGCCCGGGGCGAGCGCGGGCGGAGCCUAAGCCGUGGGCCGGCGGGCAAGUGGCGAGACCCGGCCAGGGCCAGCGAGCCGAGGCCAGCGGGCGCGCGGACCAUCGGGCCGCCGGCCGGCAGCGCCAUGGACCCGUUCCUGGUGCUGCUGCACUCGGUGUCGUCCGGCCUGUCGAGCAGCGAGCUGACCGAGCUCAAGUUCCUGUGCCUCGGGCGCGUGGGCAAGCGCAAGCUGGAGCGCGUGCAGAGCGGCCUGGACCUCUUCUCCGUGCUGCUGGAGCAGAACGACCUGGAGCCCGGGCGCACGGAGCUGCUGCGCGAGCUGCUCGCCUCCCUGCGGCGCCACGACCUGCUGCGGCGCCUGGACGACUUCGAGGCGGGGGCGGCGGCGCCGGGGGAAGAAGACCUGGGUGCAGCAUUUGACCUCAUAUGUGAUCACGUGGGGAAAGACUGGAAAAGACUCGCUCGUCAGCUCAAAGUCUCAGACGCCAAGAUCGACAGCAUUGAGGACAGACACCCCCGCAACCUGACGGAGCGCAUAAGGGAGUCGCUGAGAAUCUGGAAAAACACAGAGAAGGAGAACGCGACUGUGGCCCACCUGGUGGGGGCUCUCCGGGCCUGCCAGAUGAACCUGGUGGCUGACCUUGUGGAAGAGCUUCAGCAGGCCCGGGAGCUCCAGAGCAGGAGCGGGGCCGUGUCCCCGAUGUCGUGGAACUCGGACGCAUCCACCUCUGAAGCGUCAUGACGGGCCGCUGCUCGCCCUGGUGGACCACAGGCACCUGCACAGCCUGGACUUGGGUCUCAAGGAACGUAGCCCAGCACUGAACACCCAACAAGAAGCCAGGCCGAGGGAGCCACCGACCAGCUGCUUCUGAUCUCAAGCUGCAUUUUCUGGAUGCCUCUCCCAUGCCAGGCCGGGCUUGGCACUGCACAGAUAUUGCCAUUUAUUCCUCGCCAUCGCUCUGAGCAAGAUCCUGUUGUCCCCAUUCAACGAGCUCCUGCGGGAGUAGCUGGAAAGUUGGAACCGUGGCCAGCACAGAGGAGUCUGUGCAGAUGAGCAGUCAUACUGUGUGUCACUCCACGGCGGAGGGGACCAGCUCCGAGGCCCAGGAACUGGAGCGAAGCAGAGAGGAGGGAAGAGCUGGGAUUUGAACCCCCGCCAUCCGGCUCCAGCGCGCACACUCAACCACUGUGUCGCUCUGCCCUCACCGUGGACAGAAAGGGUGAUCUGUGCCAUUUCCUUGGCGGCCAUCAGGGCAGACCUGGACAGGAGGAUGAGGUCAGGUGGCGUCGGGGGGAGACGCGUUCCUGGGAUAGGAGUGGGGAGGCCUGGCUGGCUGUGGUCCAGCUCUCGGCCCCCUGCGUAAGUUGAGUCUCCUCAGACUGCUAAGUAGGGACAGUGAUGGUCACCAGGACGAAUUCAGAGAAUAUCUGUUAGGUGCUCAUGGGAGACGCAGCACUCUCUAAAGCUUCCGUCUUACAAGGAUUAUGGGUCCUGUGAUUCUAGUUUCUUACUAUUUUGUAUCAAAUUCACUCUUUCCAGUAACAGAAUUGCCAAGGCAGUGGGAUCUUGUAUCUUUAAAAAGCAGGCCUCUUGUUUCUCAGGUAAUCCCAUUAAAACACGUGACUUUACAACUUCCAUAUUA